CUUGACUCGUGAAAAAGAAGGGCAAAAGAUCGAAAAUAGGAAAAGUGAAAGAAGAAGGGGGCAGUUUUUCGUUUUUCGUUUUGAAGAUUCAAGAUCAGAUCUUUGGGCGUGCAAUUUCUGUUUUUUUCCGACGUUUUAUUAAAUAAAUAUUUUCAUAGUCAGCAGAUAUAUACUUGGAAUUUCUAUCAACCUGGCAUCAAAAUUUUCUCUCCCCAAUUGUGGUGGUGGGAUUUUCUGAUUUGCUGAACAAAAUGGUUUCUUUUGAUACGAAGAACGUUCUUGAAGAUUUGUUGUCGCUGAUGCUGCAUGGAAGAAGAAACUAAAUCUGCUCUUCGAUGGUCAGGGUUUUUCCUCUUCGGUGAGUUGUUGUUCAUUUGCAUCUCCUGCAACACUUUGUUUGUGAUGAUUAUGCCCGAUUUGCAUUUCUUUAGGAGGGUUGGGGUCGGAAUCCAGGGACUGUAACUAGAACACCCUUUGCGUCCCCUUUGAAUUGAACUGUGCUAUUAUCAAUCCGCACUUGUUUCAUCGAUUGUAACGAAGGGGUUUUCAUCUUAAUUUUGGUUUAUCACUUUUGAUCGAUUGUUUAGUAAAAUAGAGGGUACAUCCGGAGUGUAGACUGAGAAAAUGGGAUCAAACGGGCGUGGUGGCGAGCCCCAACUACCAAAACCAGAUGGAUUGGCAAGACAAGGUUCAUUGUAUAACCUAACUUUAGAUGAGGUUCAACAGCAAUUAGGAGAUCUUGGAAAACCCUUAAGUAGUAUGAAUCUUGACGAGCUUCUUAAAAGUGUUUGGACUGCUGAAGCAAAUCAAGGUAUGAUGACGUUGACAGGUGGGCAGGCGGAUUACACCCACCAUGGGGUGGGUCAAGGUCAACCUUCAUCUCUAGCUCGCCAGUCAAGCCUUACUCUUUCUCAUGAUCAAAGAAUGAGAACUGUGGAUGAAGUAUGGCAAGAUAUCCAACAAGGUCAUAAGAGUAAAAGUAAUAACAAUAAUGCUGAUAAGAAGGGUAGUCGAGAGAGACGACCGACACUAGGUGAGAUGACAUUGGAGGACUUUUUGGUGAAAGCAGGGAUUGUUGCAGGAUCUUCUCCUGGAAAGAAAAAUACAGGUGGUGGUGGUUCUGUUAUAGGAGGAGUUGAUUCAAAUGUGGGACAUGGACAUCAACAAGCACAAUGGAUGCAGCAGUAUCAGGUUGCACCAAUUCCACAACAUGUGUAUAUGACAGGUCAUCAUCCUGUUCAACAAUCUUUGCCAAUGAUGGAAAUGGGGUAUCCUGAGACACAAAUGGCUAUUUCUCCUUCACAUUUGAUGCAUAAUUUAUCGGAUACACAGACUCCUGGAAGGAAAAGAGUUGCUUCUGGAGAUGUCAUGGAGAAGACUGUUGAACGGAGGCAAAAGAGAAUGAUCAAAAAUAGAGAAUCUGCUGCACGCUCACGAGCAAGAAAGCAGGCUUACACCCAUGAACUGGAGAACAAGAUUUCACGUUUGGAAGAGGAAAACGAAAGACUUAAGAGACAGAAGGAGGCGGGGAAUGUUAUACCAAGCGCACCACCACCAGAACCAAAGUACCAGCUGCGAAGAACAAGCUCCGCUCCUUUCUAGCAACAUUUCUUUCUUGGUGAUAAGGAGAUAUCAUGUAGAGAGAGAGAGAGAGAGAGAGAGAGCCAUUUCAGUUUUUACUUUUUUACUUUUUUACUUUUUGUUACUUGUUAGGAGACAUGGUUUUGAUUGAUAUAUGGCUUCUUGUGUUUGUUUGGUACUAGUGUUGUUUCUUAGUUUAAUAGUAGUUUUGUUUGAAUAGUGUAUCGAUCUAUCUAUCUAUCGUGGGUGAUUUGAUGGAUUCAGGACACCAACACUAUUCCUUGUAUGUACUAUGUAUAUUGUUAAGAAGACAAGUGUGAAUCUUUGUAAUCACAAUGUCACUAUUAAGUUUUUCUUCAUAUA